GGGUGGGGGGAAGACCAUGAAGUAGAGUUGGGAGCGAGAGAGCUUCACCCCCGGGGCGGUGGUUGUUUCUCUUUUCUUUCUUUCUUUCCUUUUUUUUUUUUUUUAAAUUUCCUGAGGGGUGGUUGCUGCUUUUGCUACAUGACUUGCCAGCGCCCGAGAUUGCGGUCCAACUGCGCUGCUGCCGGUGCGCUCAGUGCUACUGCCGCUGCCGCCGCAAGUGCCACCCGCGCCCCGCUCGGCACCCUUCCGUCGCUGCUGCUGCCGCCGCCGUCGGUCCGCUCCCGCGCCCCCGCCGCUGCCGACACCACCAUCACCGGUCCCGCGGGCGCAGCCACCGCCGCCGCUUCCCCCCCAGAAUAGUGGGUGAUGUUGGACAUGGGAGAUAGGAAAGAGGUGAAAAUGAUCCCAAAGUCCUCCUUCAGCAUUAACAGCCUGGUGCCUGAGGCAGUGCAGAGCGACAACCACCACGCGGGCCACGGCCACCACAACAGCCACCACCCUCCGCCCCACCACCACCACCACCACGGCCACCACCAUCACCAUCACCCGCCGCCUCCACCUCCUCCCCAGCAGCAACAACCUCCUCAGCAACAGCAACAGCAGCAGCACCCCCCGCCACCCCAACCCCCUCAGGCCCCCCAGGCGCGCAGCGCCCCAGCCGAUGACGAUGAGGAUAAGGGACCCCAGCAGCUUCUGCUUCCUCCACCCCCUCAGGGGGCCGCCUCAGCUGCUACCGCCUCGGCAGCCCUAGAUGGGGCCAAAGCUGAUGGGCUUGGGGGCAAGGGUGAGCCCGGCGGCGGAGGUGGCGGUGGGGCCGGAGACCUAGCCCCAGUUGGGCAGGAGGAGAAGGAGAAAGGGUCCGGGGGGGAGGAGAAGAAGGGGGCGGGUGAGGGCGGCAAGGACGGGGAGGGGGGCAAGGAAGGGGAGAAAAAGAACGGCAAGUACGAGAAGCCGCCCUUCAGUUAUAAUGCCCUCAUCAUGAUGGCCAUCCGCCAGAGCCCAGAGAAGCGCCUCACCCUCAACGGCAUUUACGAGUUCAUCAUGAAGAACUUUCCUUACUACCGGGAGAACAAACAGGGCUGGCAAAACUCCAUCCGCCACAACCUGUCCCUGAACAAGUGCUUCGUCAAGGUACCCCGCCACUAUGACGACCCGGGCAAAGGGAACUAUUGGAUGCUGGACCCUUCAAGCGACGACGUGUUCAUCGGGGGCACGACUGGCAAAUUGCGCCGGAGAUCUACUACAUCCCGAGCUAAGCUGGCCUUCAAACGCGGAGCUAGGCUCACCUCCACCGGACUGACCUUCAUGGAUCGGGCGGGCUCUUUGUACUGGCCUAUGUCUCCUUUCCUGUCCUUGCACCACCCCCGGGCUAGCAGCACUUUGAGUUACAAUGGAACCACGUCCGCUUACCCCAGCCACCCCAUGCCCUACAGCUCCGUGUUGACUCAGAACUCGCUGGGCAACAACCACUCCUUUUCCACUUCCAAUGGGUUAAGUGUUGAUAGACUCGUCAACGGGGAGAUCCCUUAUGCCACGCAUCACCUUACGGCCGCUGCCCUGGCAGCCUCUGUGCCCUGCGGGCUGUCUGUCCCCUGCUCCGGGACCUAUUCCCUAAACCCUUGCUCAGUCAAUCUGCUGGCGGGACAGACAAGUUACUUUUUCCCCCAUGUCCCUCACCCUUCAAUGACUUCUCAAAGCAGCACUUCAAUGACCGCCCGAGCCGCUUCCUCCUCCACGUCUCCGCAGGCGCCCUCCACCCUGCCCUGUGAGUCUUUAAGACCCUCUUUGCCAAGUUUUACAACGGGACUCUCUGGAGGACUUUCUGAUUAUUUCACACAUCAAAAUCAGGGGUCUUCUUCCAACCCUUUAAUACAUUAACAUCCCUGGGACCAGACUGUAAGUGAACAUUUUACACACAUUUGCAUUGUAAAUGAUAAUUAAAAAAUAAGUCCAGGUAUUUUUUAUUAAGUCCCCCAUUUUCUGUACGUUUGUUCAGUCUUUAGGGUUGUUUAUUAUUCUAACAAGGUGUGGAGUGUCAGCGAGGUGCAAUGUGGGGAGAAUACAUUGUAGACUAUGAAGUUUGGAAGUCAAAAUUAUAGUAGAAUGUGUAUCUAAAUAGUGACUGCUUUGCAAUUUUUAUUCAGACAUGACAAGUCUAUCACUACCACCAUAAUUUCCAUGUUUGCAGUAUUAUAAGUUAUCAUGGAUAUACAUGGUGGAUGGAGACCUUGGAAAAACACUAAAUUAUGGGAAAAGUGGAAAAAGAGAAGUUUAAACUGUAAUUUGUAUUUUAAAAUAAUUAAUAGUAAAGAUUCCCAAGAAACGACAUUUGGGCCAUUUAUUGUUUUGUCCUUUUCCUUAAGAAACUGGUUUUUUUUUUUUACUUUUAGACCAAAGAUUGGGUUUUAGAAAAUGCACUCGGUGAACUAAGUAUUUCAAAGAGAAGCAAAAACAAAACAAACAAAACAAAAAAACACGUUUCAGUUCGCAGCACUGCCCGUUGAAAUGAGUCAGAAGGGGACAAAAUUAAUGAUUGCCUUCAGUUUGUGUUGUGUAUAUUUUGAUGUAUGUGGUCACUAACAGGUCACUUUUAUUUUUCCUAAAUGUAGUGAAAUGUUAAUACCUAUUGUACUUAUAGGUAAACCUUGCAAAUAUGUAACCUGUGUUGCGCCAAUGCCGCAUAAAUUUGAGUGAUUGUUAAUGUCGUCUUAAAAUUUCUUGAUUGUGAUACUGUGGUCAUAUGCCCGUGUUUGUCACUUACAAAAAUGUUUACUAUGAACACACAGAAAUAAAAAAUAGGCUAAAUUCAUAUAUACCUUGAUAGUUUUGUCUCUUUUAUUAAAUAGAGCUAAUCUACAAAAGAUUAAAGUUAUAAAUAAAUCAAAAGGAUGGCUCUACAGGCCAGCCUUGGAUUUUAAUAGCUCCUUAGAUUUAAAUGGAAACUUUUUAUACAAAAAAAAAACAAAAAAAAAGAAAAAUAGUAUUUUCCUCUAAAUGGAAUUAAACAAAAAAAAAGGAGCAGCAGGUUAUUUGAUUAACUCUAGUUAUUUUUACUAUAGACUUUUUCAGCGGAUCUCUAAAUUUCUAUGUAUACACAAUUUAUUAAUUUAUCUAGUGAUAUGUGUGCAUAGAUAUUUACUCUGUUUAUUUUCCAUUCAAUUGACAGAAUGCUUACUUUUCUAUUCACCUUGUUUCAGGCUUCAAAAAUAUUUAUAGCCUCUGGCUGAUUAUAUGUAUAUGUAUAUGUAUAUGGCUAGAUAGCAAUGACUAUAAUACACACAUAUUAUAUAUAUAUGCAUAUGUAAGUAUAUGUGUAUAUAUAUAUGUAUGUAUGUAUGUAUACAGAGAGAUCCCUACAGUUCAGGGAGUAUUUGCGCUUUUGAUGCUGCAAACAUUUUGUUUAAUAAUAUUUGUAUUUAUAGUUUCUAAGUCAGCAUUUAUUUUUGUGGCUGUUUACCCACAAUGAGAGUUCUAAUAAAGAUGUGCUAAAGUUGAAAUACAGUUUUGCUGGAAGUGAUCGCCUAAUGUAAUGACUUUACAGAUCAAUGCUUAUAUUUUCUUUCCAAAUUCUCAGUUUUAAUCUCUAGUUGUUCAGGUGCAAAAAGAUGCCUCUCUUUUUUAUACCCUUGAAAUAAAUAUUUAUUAGUUGCCUCUCUACAAAUAUGUUAGCAAUUUUCAAAUGGAAGUUUGUCCUAUUUGCUUACACUGAGCCAUACUUCUGUUUUAAUUUGUGAUGGAACCAAAAACAAACAAAAAACCAAAAAAGUUUCUUGAUGAGUUUUUAGACAGUCUAAGUGUCACACCUGCUGAAAACAAUUAGAAAACUUGAGCAAGAGGUUUACUAUAACUAAUUGGAUCCCGUGGUGAUUCUGUUGAGGACAAGUUGUUCAUUUGUUACAAUUGUAUAGUCUGAAAUGCGUUCUGCAGUAAUGCAAUAAGCUAGCUACUUCUUACAAAGGGCCCAAUGAAAAAUAAUCUGUUCUGGAGAUGUUAUCUGGAAACACUUAAAGAGUUGAACUAAAAAAAAAAAAAGCCAAGGGGAGUAGAGGCCUCUAGAAGAUUCAAAUUUAAAAUGCAGAAUACUUGAAUAUUUAAUUCUGUUUGUGGGGUGGAGGGAGGGAGGGAGAGAGAGAGAGAGAGAGAGAGAGAGAGAGAGAGAGAGAGAGAGAGAGAGAGAGAGAGAGAGAGAGAUUUUUUCUAUUGGAAAUAACUCCACCCCAACAGAUCUAAGAGAAGUAUGUGGUUUUUUUGCUUUGCUUUGUUUUGUUUUGUUUUUUAAAUGAGGGCUGGAAAUAGUAAGGAAGAGAUUCAAUCAAAUAGUCCAGAAAAAAAAUUGUUCUUUGCUUUAAAUCUAGAUACGUCUAAAUCGCUACUUUUAGGGAUUCUGUUUUUUAAUGAGUUGGUUACAGGUGAAUACCAUUCUUUUCAGUUCCACUACCCCAGAACGUAAUGUGAUAGGAACACAUGUAAAUAUGUAAUACACAAAUAGUUUUCUUGAUAUGUCAACAGUAAAACAUUAAAUAUAUUAAAAUUCGCAAUUUUAUUUUAAAGUAGUAAUGAAACCCCAAAUUCUAGAGCUAGGUAAUGAGGGAUUCUCAUUUGCAGAUUUGUGACCCAAACAAACUUAAAGGAUUGCUUCUGCUUUUUUUAUAGGAUUGGAAUACUGGGUUAUUUAGCACUUUGCAAUGGGUUUUAUUGUUGAGAACUCUAGAUACAUAUAGGAAAUGUGUUUGGGCUGUACAAAGUUUAAACAAUGAAGCUGAAGUCUUGUACUUAAGUAAAGGGAUCUUAAUAUUACAAGAAAGGUUUUCUUAUCACUGACGGGCCUUUUGAUUUUGUUUUCAUAAAUAUUUCCUUAUUUGGGACAAAGAUGACAUUGCUGGAGUUUUGUUUUUGUUUUGUGUUCUUUUUCAAAUGCAUUUAGUGAAUGAGAUUUCAAUGCCAAACACUGUGCUUUGAGAUCAGUAGUAAACUGCUACCUAAGAAAUUCAGGUGUUAUUGAGUUCUUUAUACUGAUGGGAAUUGAGGGCUGGGUGAGUGUUGAUCCAUACACAUAUCCAAGGCACCUUUAUGGUGGUUUCAUUGGAAGCAAUUUAUGAUUUUCAAGUAGAAACUGGGGGAAAUAUACACACAUAUAUAUGUGCAUAUAUCUGUAUCUAUGUACAUAUAAACAAUAGAAAUAGAAAGAUAAUUUGACAGGAGGCUCCUGAAGGCCUAAAUAUGCAAAUUUCAUUUACCUCAGUCUGCCCCCCUAUUUCUUCUUAGAGCUAUUGUUCCCUAGAAAUCUUUUCACACAUAGGCUAGACAGUCUGGUGUGGAAUUUAAGACACUUUUACUUCAAAGAAUUCACAAAAUAAUGUUGAUCUUUGUUUUCAUCAACCUUUAUUGGGUAAAAUCUCAAAGAAAAAUUUUGGAAAUUUAUAUUUAGCUAUUUCAAAUUAAUG